CUGCCCACCCAAACGGAUUCCAACUAAUCACCAACCACAAUGUCCACCCGAAGGCGGAGUAGUAGCUCUAGGAGCAUAAGUUGGAACCGAUGUUCCACCAUCCUCUCCCUAGCCCUCCUUACAGUCGCCGCCGCCCUCAUCGGUGGCAGCUGGGCAAUGACCAACAGUGUGUUCAAGGCGUUCAGCAAAGAUCAAACGGUGACGUCCAGUACGCUGGGAUGGGAGAAGUUCAACGGCGAGAAGACACAACUGCAGUACGCGGUGACGAGUUACAACCCGGCGGAACAUCCCCGCUCCAAGGAGCUGGUGGACAGUGACCAGCUGAGCCACACCAGCUACGUUUGCCGGAUACAGAUCGAGGGUAUCUACUGUGCCGGGCAGACGCACAUGGAGGAAUCGUCCACCAUCUGUACGGCGUCGCUGCAGUCGGACGUCCGGCGGCACCGGACGUUCGAGGUGCUGGUGAACCGAAACGGAGGCGGAAAGCUCAAGUGGCAACCGUGGAACAAGUUCCGGACGGAGAAGUUUCCCGGGGCCGUCAGCGCCAGCAACGGAAAGGUUGAUGAUUACUACGUGGCACGGUAUAAGCUGGUGAAUCACGGCCACCACCAUCCCUACAUUGUGGGCAAUUACGACCCAUUGGAGAAGCUCGGUGGACGAAUCUACGCUCCCCUCCCGGGAAUGCAAGACACGGUGGAACACGAGAAAGGAGACAUCCUGGUCGAAAUUGAACCCGUCAAGUACGAAUUGCGAAACAUUAAGCUGAACAAGCUGCGAACUGAAAUUAAGAAGAAUACCACCAUUCUAGGUUCCACAAUUCUAUCGAACAUCGAGGAUAUGACCAAUCAGGCCGAAACGGUCAUCACAUACGAUUACGCCAAAGUGACCUACUACGGUCGGCAACUAGGCGUUGGCAAUGGCGUUCCAACCAAAGUGAUUGACCCCCGGACGCAACAACCGGUCGAUAUCUUCUGGGGUGUUGAACUUACGGAGAGGAAGUUUGAGACGAAAGCCAUCAACACGAUACUGCAACCGGGUACUGCCAUCAAUGUGACCCUGCUGGGUAACUACACCGAAAUGGAGGCACCGUAUCAUGCGCUGCUUAAGGCGUACUACGAUGAUAACAGCGAUGCGACGUCGAGGAAGCUGACUGGAUAUAUGCUCAGCAAAGACAUGGAGGACGUCAAGAUCGAGUUCAGCCCCAUCUACUGGAUCGAGAACGGCACUCUGGUACCGACGACGACCACAACCACCACAACGACCACCACCUCGACGACGGAGGCCACCACCACCAGCGAACCGGUCCCAAUAACUGACACCCCUCUAGCCGACCUCAGCAACCGUUUCGGCGGUGGCGCCAUAGACGAAGAAAUGAGCAACGAAAUCAACAGCCGCGAGGAGGCCGCCAGCAGCCGAAGUAUCGACAAGCCGGAAAGCAGCAUCAGCAUGUCGAGCAUCGGGGGUGCCGGGUCCGGCAAGCGGCAGAGCAGUGGGGCCACCACAAUAACCCGGUGGUCGUCGUCCGGGGCGUUAGCGCUGGUGGUGGCGGCGACGGCGGCGAUCAACGUGGCAGCACAACGGAUUUAACUCUAGGCUUGAUUCGACGUAGCUUGUAGGUUGUUUUUCCUUUUGGGACGAAGAAAAGUGAGUUUAUUUUAAUCGACUAUCGACUUUCCAAUUACCAACUUUAGUUUUGUUGUUCCUGUGUCCGUUUUUAUUAUAAUUUUUAUAAUGGCUAAGUUAAGUGGAAUGAAAGAGUUUCUGAGGAUAAUGAUCAUUGGAAUGUGCAGAAGUUUUAGUGAUGUAAGAUGUUCAAACGAAAGGAAACCAAUUUCUCAUCACAUUGCUCUUGUUUUUUUACUAGCUGAUAAGUGCGCGUAAGUUUUAAAAAUUAAGUUAAAGAAACCACUAUAUCAUUCUGUAAUGAAUUAGGCAGAAAUGAACGGCUAAAUUUAUCAAACGAAAAGUUCUCAACCGUUUUUCCAUGAUUUUGAAUAGUGCAAAGAAAAAUCGACCCAGUGAACAGUUUGAAGCGCGCGUAAAGGCGUAGCUCUUACCAUUAAGCCGAUAUCGAUGCGAGAAGUCGGCUGAUAAAAGUGAAAUCUAUAUGUUCGUAUCAUGUAAAUAUAGUUAAUAUAUUGGAUUAGUUUAGCACUAUUGUAACUCUAUCUGAAUUGAUUAUUAUGUAGGAAAAAACAGACGACAAUUGAUUUGCGCGAUUUUAGGAUUCAGUAAGUGUCGAAAACAUUCCAAUUUGAUAAUACCUACAAACACAUGAAACAGUAGUUAGAAUGGAGCGGCCUAUUUCUAGGAAGAUGCGGUUUGUCGAAAGACUGGAACAAUAGGAACAGUUUCUUCUGGUUCAACAUGAAAGGGAUAAACAGCUACAGUUUGGUAUCUGUCUACAAACAUCAUUAGCACUUGUUAAUUUCCAACGACUAAAUUUCCGAUAGAAUGAAUAUUCUAUUACAACAUCUCAAGUUCGAUCGAUACACUGCCAAUUCCACGAAAUCUUCCAAUAGACCUUAUUUGUUUGUCCUUUCGCUUUGAACCAGAUGAGAGUUGACUUUCUUCGCGAAAGAUGUUACAGCAGAAAACUAAGACACACCUAUCUAAAGUUUCAUCGAUUAUGUAACACAUUUCUUUUCAAGUUUAACUAUGUAUUAUUUUUGUGUAACCUAAAUGGAUGGAUGCAGUGUAGCGUCGGUCUCGGGUGAUAUU